AUGUAUGAGCACUAUUCCUCCGAUGACCCUUAUGAAACAAACCUAAACGCUCUCUUGAGUCAUCUCAAGAAUGAAACUCCAAAUGCAGGCUUCGUCGCGGCUUCGAAAGGCGAAGGCCAGAACCAAACGUACGGUCUGGCCUUAUGCCGCGGCGAUCUCGCUUCCACAGAUUGUGGGAGCUGCAUUGCACAGGCAAUCCAUGACAUGUUCGAGGAUUGCCCGUAUAAUAAAGAUGUCAUGAUUUGGCAUGAAGAUUGCACAGUGGGGUACUCAAAAGAGCACAAUAACAGUGGCAUAAAGAUUGAUGAUACCAUGUUAUGCUUCAAAUCCCAAAAUGAUGUUGAGGUUCCCAAUCCAAAGGUGUUUAUUAAAAAGACACAAGAGUUUCUUAGCCAAAUCACCCAGAAAGAGGAAUUGGGCUCAAAUAACUAUGCUUCGGGAGAAGUUAAGAUUGAUGAGUAUAACAUGGUCUAUGGCUAUGCACAAUGCAAUAGAGACCUCUCUAGCAAGGAAUGCAGUGACUGUCUUGAGAGGUCACUUGAUUAUGCUAAAGAAUGUGGUAGGGGAAAAGAGGGAGUGAGAGUGUAUAGUGGGAUUUGCAGACUGAGAUAUGACAUGUACCCUUUUCUUAAUGAUGAAUAUUAUUAUACUCCUCCUAUUCGUGAUGUGAAAUCUCCACAUCCUCAACCUGGAGAUGGUUCAGCAUUGGAGCCUGGGUCCAUCAUUGGCAUUGGCUUAGUGUCACUCUUUAUAGCCCAUUAUGUUAUAUAG